AUGCGACGUAAACUCACCAGUACUGAAUGCAGUCUGGUGUAUUCGCUGUACCUCAAGAGAUUGCCAAUGAGCAGAAUUGCGAAGAUUCUCGCCCAUCGAAUUCCUGGAAUAACAAGCGCCAAUGUGAAAACAGCUGUGAUGAGAGCUUUGCGUAAAAUCGGGCUCAACACCUCAAUACCCAGAAACGGCAGUAGACCAAUCAGCGACUCCGUCAAAGAGAGAAGGACACGUUUUUGUGAAGAGAUGAUCGACAAAAAUGAACAGUUCUGUGAUGUGGUAUUCUUCGACGAGACAACGAUUCACAUCGAACAAGCCACGGGAAGGCUGACCAGAGGAGGGCUAUCAGAUGAACACGUCGAUUCACUUCAUGUUUGGGCAGGAAUUUCAUGUGAAGGAGCAACUCCCGUAAUAAUUUUGAAUGGAAAGGUGAGAUUGGCUAGUGUUUCAAACUCAGAACCACAGCACUGUAAACUGAUUCAAGAGCAGUACUUACCAUUGGCUAGAGACCUGAAUGAGUUCAAACCAAUAAGUGCGAUUGAGCUAGCGAAAGGAAUUCGAAAGUUCUGGAACGAUAACAUGAGCGAGAGUCAGUGUCGAAGCCAUAUCGGACAUAUUCGGGCAUUACUAAGGAGAGUCGUUUCUACCAAUGGUAACUGUGUGAUGGACUCGGAUCAAGGUUAA